UGCCAAGCAGGCCUUCCUCCUGGGGUAUCCGUGCUGCGCCUGUCAGUUUAACUCGAGAGAAUAAAUUCGCAUUAUAACUUAUUUGGCCAGGAAAAACUCAUACAGGCAUCUUACUCUGGCCGAUAACGUUUAAACUCAAUCCCGGCCGACUGCCCUUCUUAUCAAACCUUGAGGCAGUGGUGGGUAGGAGUCAGGCGGCGUGGGGACAGCCCCAGAGUGCCGAAAGUCCCCGGCCCGCUCUCUCCUGUGAAGACGUAGCUGCGGGUGGUUGUGGUGGCGGCUUUCAAGAUGUCGACCAAGAAUUUCCGAGUCAGUGACGGUGACUGGAUUUGCCCUGACAAAAAAUGUGGAAAUGUAAACUUUGCUAGAAGAACCAGCUGUAAUAGAUGUGGUCGGGAGAAAACAACUGAGGCUAAGAUGAUGAAAGCAGGGGGCACCGAAAUAGGAAAGACACUUGCAGAAAAGAGCCGAGGCCUGUUUAGUGCUAAUGAUUGGCAGUGUAAAACUUGCAGUAAUGUGAAUUGGGCCAGAAGAUCAGAAUGUAACAUGUGUAAUACUCCAAAGUAUGCUAAGUUAGAAGAAAGAACAGGAUAUGGUGGUGGCUUUAAUGAAAGAGAAAAUGUUGAAUAUAUAGAAAGAGAAGAAUCUGAUGGUGAAUAUGAUGAGUUUGGACGUAAAAAGAAAAAAUACAGAGGGAAGGCAGUUGGUCCAGCAUCUAUUUUAAAAGAAGUUGAAGAUAAAGAAUCUGAGGGAGAAGAAGAGGAUGAGGAUGAAGAUCUUUCUAAAUAUAAAUUAGAUGAGGAUGAGGAUGAAGAUGAUGCCGAUCUCUCAAAAUAUAACCUUGAUGCCAGUGAAGAAGAAGAUAGUAAUAAAAAGAAAUCUAAUAGACGAAGUCGUUCAAAGUCUCGAUCUUCACAUUCACGAUCUUCAUCUCGCUCAUCCUCCCCCUCAAGUUCAAGGUCUAGGUCCAGGUCCCGUUCAAGAAGUUCUUCCAGUUCGCAGUCAAGAUCUCGUUCCAGUUCCAGAGAACGUUCGAGAUCUCGUGGGUCGAAAUCAAGAUCCAGCUCCAGAUCCCACAGGGGCUCUUCUUCCCCACGAAAAAGAUCUUAUUCAAGUUCAUCAUCUUCUCCUGAGAGGAACAGAAAGAGAAGUCGUUCUAGAUCUUCUUCAUCCGGUGAUCGAAAAAAAAGACGAACAAGAUCACGGUCACCCGAAAGCCAGGUGAUUGGUGAAAACACUAAACAACCCUGAGCCCAGGGCCAACCCCUCGGAACACCACUACUUUACCCAGGCACGACAGGUCAUCUUCUGGAUCAUCCCAUUCUGGUUCCCGUUCAAGUUCAAAAAAGAAAUAAUGUAUUAAAAUUUACAUCUUAAAAAAAAAAAGUCCAGUCCAGUGCAUGAAGCAUAUUUUUAAAGAAGUUGGUGUCUUACUUCGUCAAAAGUGCUAAAUCUGCUAGUAGAGGUGCAUGCCUUUCAUUGCUUUUCAGAACAAUACAGCUGUGUUUAUUUGUGAAAUUAAAGGUAAAUAGUAUUUUAAGCCAUAAUGUCCCAAAGUUAGAUGCUCUUUUGAUCAUUAUUUACAACCAUUUGCUUCAUUUAAAACCAUCUCAACUGUAACAGAGUACUUUGUUUCAUAAUUUGAACUCUUGUUUUUCUCAUUUCCAAGCUAUGAACUGUUUAUUGACCUAAGACAGGAUUACCUAGGCUUGCCUGAAUUUUGAGCAUGGAGGCAAGACUGUGGUAAAGUAAUUGGAAACAAUCUGUUUAUAUUAAUCUGAGAACAGGAGUCAACCUGUUUGUUAACGUAUAUCAAAGUGAUGCUUAACAGAAAAAAUUAAACAAGUUGUAAAACGGCCAACUGGAAACUUCUUUAUUUUGAAAUUCCCUAUGCUAAGGGUGCCUUAGAAGCAUUGUCUUUCUUUUAUUCAGUUUUACUUUUUGCACCACCACAUUUAAUGCAGAAAAAUCUUGUGAAUUGUAGCAGGAGAAAGAUGUUAUUCAUUGCUCCCUUUCUGAGACAUAAUUUUUAGUAAGAAUGACUUAACAGUUCAUUUCUUUGCUUAUAUGGUUGUCUGAUGAGAAAAACAUCUUAUUUCAAAAUGUUUAUCUUAAUAUUUUAAAAAGUUUUUUUGUGAUGUUCUUUAAAAAUCUAGUUAUCACAUGAUAGGGUAGACAAAGCUAAAUCACAGUUAAUGAGGAAUAAAUUGAAGAAAUCUUCUGAAUUAUAUUUCUCUUUGGGUGAAAAACCAAGAGACAUUGUGACUUUAAGCAGACAUUUGCCAUGAAAUAUUUAACUUUAAACAUGCUGCAUAAAAUUAUCUCCUGAGCAACAAAUGAAUGUUUAUUUCUGCAUGACAUGAGCAGAAAUAAUUGUUCCCUAUUCACUUCCAAUUAUUUAUGGCUUAAAAUACAUUCAGAAUUUUGUUUUUCAAAAUUAAUAAUCUCAUCAGUUGAGCUUUAUUAUAUCUUGUUUAAAAACAGAAAGGUUUCUCUUAACAGUAUCUUCAGUGACAGUGCAAGGUAAGUAUAUUAAGGGAAAUCAACAAUUGUGCUUAGGAACAUUUUUUUCUUGGGAUCAAUACCCAUUUUUUCUUGUUAUGGUUUUUUUUUUCCUUAACAUUUAAUGUCUUCUGCAAUUAAAAAUUAAAAUGUUUUAAGGUGUUUUGUAGACAUACCAAACAAAAUUAUAUUUGUUUUUUUAUUUUAAAAUGAGUGAUUUUCUUCUUGAAUUGAUCUAAAGAUGAAAGUAAAAUAUGUAAAAAUAUUUUGAUGAUAAUUUUACAAUGAACAUGCCUCUUGUUUUUUACAUCUUAAUUUUCUUUGCUACGUUUACUGUAGUUUGCACAAGAAUUUUUCUCUCUUGUAAUUGUGCCUCAGACUUCUUGUAAGUCCACCUUCUAAAUUGCCCAGAUGAUUUUUUAGAUUCUACGUGUUGUUGGUUUAUUCUUGUGCUUUCUGUAUUUAAAACUUUGGCUGUACUAAGCAAAUGCAAGGUUAUAAAUUUAGCUAAUCGUAGUUUACAGACAAUUCAGAUGAUUAUGAUUUCAUUUGGUUUAACUAAGCUGUACUAGUUCAUUUCAUAAGGAAAUGAUGCUGUAGACAAAUGUAAAUAAAGCUUGUGAGUCAAGCAUAAAGUGAUGUUUGUUAGAAAUAAAUUAGAAUUUUUAAGCUCCGA